AUGGACCAGCUCCGGGUCUUCGUCCCGGCCGUCCCGGCUGCGCCGCGGAGCGCAAGCACACAGCCGGCCCUGCCGGUGUCGCAGGUGAAGCAAGUUCUCCCGCCCGGGGCUCCGCAGCCUCCAGGGACCCAACCGGGUCCCCCGGCUCCGCUCCAGCCCAACCUACAAGCCAUGUUUAUGCAGCGUGUGCAGGGACAGGUGCCACAGGUUUCUCCGAUGAUGAUGCCAGGGUCGGUGCCCAAUUGUCCGGGCUCGCCACAACCCCAAAAGCCUCGAUGGAUGGAAGUUUCUGCGCCUGGGAGAGAGACCAAGACAUCUCCUGCUCCUGUCAGGCCGUCUCCCGACACGAUGGCCGUGAAGCCGGGCUCUCCGGUCGCUCCAGUCCGUGUCGGACCAGCACCAGACCCGCAAGGCAGCGCCCAGAAUGCACUUGACUGCAAGAUGAGGGCAAGCGCACCUUUGCUGGAUACACUUGUGAAGCCGUCCGCCCCCAUCCCUCCGGCCCCUCCGGCCUCCCCGCCUCCAGGUCCAGGCCCUGCCAAGAGCGACGCCAGGGCAAGCCGCGAGGUGGUGAGCCCGAGCUCAGGCCCCGACGUUGCGAAGCACUCGGCCCCCGCCACGGCCCCCGCCACGGAUGUUGCUUGCAUGUCCUGGGCCACCAGCACCUUCGAGCGACCCGAGGAAGUGCCGGAGGUGAAAGAAAAGUCCGAGGCACCGGAAGUCGGGAGCCUUUCCCCGGAUUCUAAGCCAGCGAGGCUGCUGGAGGUUCCCCGAGGUCGAGAUGGGAAAGCCGCUCGACAAGCCUCCGAUUCCAGAUCUCCCAGUGGCUCUCCGAGCUGCCGGACAGUGGGAUCAGAUGAUCAGUCUGUGGACGAGGUGUGCAGCCGGACACCAUCCCCAUCUCCAGAGCCUAAGGGCCAGAAUGGCAAACAGCAGCUGGCUGAGCUACUUGAACUCUGGAAGGCUGCAAGGCACGAAGGUGGACCGCUUUCCAUAGAGGAGUGCGAGUGCAUUGAGAACAUUUUCUAUGACAGUAUGAAUCCUGACCGCGUCAAGAUUGUGGAGAUGCGCCGUGUGGAGCAGCCGGCUUUGUUGCGCAGGUUCUGUGCAGAGGAGCAGGAUUCUCUCGACCGGCAAGCCAGAUCACAGAAAACGCACAAGCAGUUCAUGAAGCUGCACGGCACUCGUUGGGAGUAUGCGCCCCUGAUCGCCGAGAAUGGACUCGACCCAUCCUGUGGCCACCUUACGAAAGGUAGCUGGCUUGGCGGCUUGGCUGAGAAAGCCCACUCCUACGCCUCCAAAGGCCCAGGGCCCGAAGUAGAUGACGAGGACGGCCACAAGGCUCGACUCUUUGCUCUGUUUGUUGUUGCCUGUGUGCCCGACAUCAGUGAUGGAGACGACGAGAGAUCCUUUGGGGUUUGGCGCAUCCUGUCCGCCCGGCGCAUGUGCCCAGCUUAUCACGUGAUUUACUCUGCCCCGGCUGAUGUGGGACGGCACAAGAGGCCCCUGAUUGAGCCACGAGCCAACAAGGCAAUGCUCCUGAAGCAGGGCCACGAUGGCACCGGCACGGAAUCGGCUGGGCCGAGCUCUUUCAGAUGCCGAAGUGUGAGCCCGCCUCCACGCAGCCGCACGCCGAACCCUCCGGCCGAGGCAUUCCAGGAAGUCACCAGCAGCUGGCCGGUUUCGAAGGAAGGGCGCAUGCUCCCUGGAGCCAUGGCGUGCACAUCCCCUGCUCUCAAGGUUCACAAAGAGAGACCGUCGACCACAAGCGAGUCCCCAACAAAGCCUCGUGGCCAAGCAGAGCGGCAAGGCCGCGCAGGGGAUUCCCCAGCCAAAGCCCGCAAUCAAACGGAGCGGCCCUCGAAUGGUGAGUCCCCGGCGAAGUCUCGGAAUCACCUCGAAAGGCCGUCGACCAACGAGUCCCCAUCGAAGACGCGCACGUCUGAUGGUCGACCGCCUGCCCCCAGCCCAGGUGUCCUGAAGCUUCACGAAGUGAACGCAGGAGGGAGCUCCCCUGCCCGGGAUGGACGGCCUGCGAACCCGGCGCGCACAUCGCCCGCGCUCAAGGUGAAACAGGACGCCCGUCCCCCCAAGGGCAAGAAGGAGGAGAGCCGCGACACGGGCAAGGAUACCGGCAAGGAGCGCAAACCGGUGGUGGCAGCCAGUUGGGAAGUGCAGGGAGAUGAUGGGUGGAUUCCUUUCCGCCCAGGCUGCAAGUUCAAGGAUGAGCCGGGGACGAUUCAGCACAUCUGCCAUGGAAAGUUCUGGUAUGCGCUGACAUUCGACGAGGACGGCCUCACUGGGACGCAGUCCAACACUUGCACAGGUAAAGUCCGGCAGCUUCGUCGUGUGCUGCCCACGGCCAGCCCAGAUGAACGGCCAGCGGCUGACAUCACGUCCACGAACGACCAGAGUCAAGAAAAGAAGAUGCAGACCCAGCCAGCUCUCCCAGCUGGGGCUGGUGGCUGGUAUCCUAGCUUGCUGAAUGGGAGCACGCCUGUAAAACAGGUAUGCCUUACCAGAAUCCCCAGAGGAAGUGUGGCAAUGAUCUCGUACUCGUUGGGAAACGGCAGGUUCGAACCUUUGUUUGAGAGGUUUACCAAAGUUACAGUGGACAUGGACGCCUCCAACGCUGACUCGAAGGAGACGCAGCCCGUCCUGGAGAGCGUUCCCACACCGAGCCGAAAACUGCUUCCUUUGAGCCAUGCUCCGAGUGUUGUGGCACGUCGGGCAAAUCGGCGGCACGUCACCGCGCCCGCCCAGGCGCUUUUGGGCCAGAUGAGCCCCAGCCCAAAGUGUGUGGACCCUGCCAGAAAAAGCCCACCUCGUUCAGCGAAAGGAUGCCAUCAGGCCAGCCCCACUGCCUGCGUAAAGCCCGUUGGCACAGAACGCCGCAACAGCAAUCCGACCUUCAACCUGCCGACAGAUCCGACUUCUCCCGUGGGCCUUCGCAGUGCGAACAGGGAUACUGCCAAGAGCCCGCCAAGAGGCGCGGUCAAAGGGUGCCGGCAGGUCAGCCCGAGUAGCACACGGCCUGUGGGUGAGCGUCGCCACAGCAACCCGUCCAUUGCUUUACCAGCAGAUCCAUCUUUAGUGGGCCCACGCAGUGUCAACAGGGACACUGCCAGAAGCCCACCAGGAGCUGCAGUCAAAGGUUGCCGACAGACCAGCCCCACAGCCUCUGCAAAGCCUGUGGGCACGGAGCGCCGCCACAGCAACCCGACCUUUGGACUGGCGACAGAAACUUCUCCACCUGCACCUUCGAAGCGCGGCAUGAAGAGCCUGCGCUUCCAGCCGUCGAGGUCACCCUCACCCCAAACGCACAACUCACCAGACUCGCCACUGGCCGGGCCCAAGCCCAAAGCACGGGCGCGGUCGCAGAGCGCGCCGCGGCGGAGUGGCGACCCUUUUAACCUCUACCGCUUCGUCGACGCGCAGAGUGAGAACGGGACCUUUAGCCGGGCCUUGCAAGAGAUCCAGGCUGGCCGAAAGUCCUCCUGCUGGAUGUGGUUUGUAAUUCCGUCUCCGCCAUACAUGAAGAACAACAUCGAGCAUGGGAGUAGCACGAACCGCAAGUAUGCGAUCAGGUCUGAUCAGGAGGGCAAGGCAUACCUGAACUAUGAGGCUGAUGGUGUAGAUUUGCGCAGCAAUUACUUCGCUAUCCUCUCUGCCGUCUGUGAGCACCUCAUCACCGGGAAGGCAGCUCGGUCAGUGAUUGGCGGAUUCGAUGAGCCAAAGCUCGCGAGCUCGAUCAUUUUCUUCGAACGGAUAACCCGUAACGAAGACAACGAGUUGAACAGUUUGUUGCUGAAGCUUGCUGGUCUGAUGACCGACUCGUCUCAGCAUCGUGUGGCCAAAACGGAGCACUAUCUCGGCUGGACUUUGUUGAUGGUUUUGGAUGCCAAGUCGCAGGCUUCGGUUGUCGUAAGUGCAUGCAUGCUGAUUCCAAUGCCAGAUCCGACAUCGGCCCUUUCCGCUUAUGCCCAGUGGCUGGCGGAGAGUUUGAAUCGCCACGGUGAGCGACAAGAACAGCACGCCCGAGAAAUCACCGCGGUACGUGAGGCUGCAGCUGUGGGCGCCACGGCUCUCGUGGAGUUGCGCGCAGCAGUGCAGCAUCAACUUGACGCCAUCGUUUCCAAGCUCCAGCACCUUCAAGAGGACCUAGAGGCUACGAAAGUCGAGCUUGCCGAGGUGGUCAUCGACAAAGAGGGCAGCCAAAUGGAACUCCGAUCCGAAGUCGAUGCGCUGAAGCAGCUGACCGGAGUGCAAAGCCAGAGCGAGCUGCUCAAACAGCUGCAGGAUUCCCAGUUAGAGGCCGUGGACAAGAAAAUUUCCGAGGCCGUGGAGAAGGAAGCUUCCUCUCUGCGCCAGCUUCUGGAGUCCAGAGCUCUGCUCGCGGAGGAGAAAUCCUCGCAGAAGGCUGAGACCAUACGUGAAAGCGUCGAGAAGAAGCUCGAGGAAGGCCUGCUUGAGAAGGUGAACAUGGACUUGAUCUCCAAGAUGGAUGCCGUCAUGGAUCACCUCUCACAAACACAGGUUGAGAUGGAGACGCAGCAGAAGGGCAUCAUUGAGAGAGUUGAGGGUUAUCGUCGAAAUCUGGAUGAGACCAGUGACCUCUCCCGGCGCAUCUCCUCCUUGCAUGAGUUGCUUGAACCUCGUGUGACUGUCAUGGAGGAAUGGCGAGAAACUGCGGACAGUGCCAUCCAGCAGAUUCAGAGCGAGAUGAAGGACUCUGUCAAGGAGAUUCGGACCCCAAAUCCGACGCAGCCGACCACACCGAACUCUGUCAAGGCCCAGGUGCAAUCCAGUGACGCUGAGGGCAGUCGCCAUGCUACUGCCAGCAACGGCGCCGCAGAGCUGGCCCGCGUCGAAAGCGCGUCUGUUGCGCCGGCCGGCUCGAUCCCAUCGAAGACUUUGAUGGCUCCUGUCCCGGCGCCGCCGAAGGCGUGGACAUCAACCUCGGAUGGAUGGCGCUAUACGCAGUCUGCGGCGGCUCCCCCGACAGUUUGGACUCUUGGCUGGCAUCGCAUCGACCCUCAGCGCACCCACAGUUCGGUUGCCGCUCUUCAGUGGGGGAAAUUCGGCCCCUUUGCCGAAGCACUGAUGCAGUGCAGAAGUGAGCAAAUGUACCUUCCAGAGACAAGAGGUCUCUACUCCGACCUGCCAACAGCAGUACCAGUGAAAAGCGUACUUGCCCGGGUGCAGGUGGAGGUGUUCGCUCUGCCCAGCCUGGGUCUUCUCGGCUUCGCGCGCCCACAAACGCGGCCAGUCACUGGCGAGGCUCGUGGAGGGGUACCUUGA